GGGGGAGACUGAGCAAUAUGACGGAUAACCAGAGGAGCUGGUGGCAGCAGUGGACCGACACCACCUAUAUCAAACCUUUGAACCGCUUGAGGGCCUCUCAAGAGCCCUACCAGCGGCCAGAGGAGCAAGUGCUCAUCAACCGCCGAGACAUUACCAGCAGAAAGGAUGCCUGGGACAUGCAGGAGUUCAUCAAGUGCAUGUAUGUCAAGCAGCUUCUCCGACACCCAGCCUCCAAGGUGCUGCUGGCCAUGCUGCUGGUGGUCAACGCCAUCACCAUUGCGCUCCGCACCAACUCCAUGCUUGGCCAGAAACACUAUGAGUUGUUCUCUACCAUAGAUGACAUUGUGCUGACCACCCUUAUCUGUGAGCUUCUUCUCGGCUGGUUAAAUGGUUUCUGGAUUUUCUGGAAGGACGGCUGGAACAUCCUCAACUUCCUUAUCAUCUUUAUCUUGCUCCUGGGGUUUUUCGUUAGUGAACUCAAUGCCGUCGCCAUCACCUACACCCUCAGGGCGCUUCGUCUGCUGCACUUGUGCAUGGCGGUGGAGCCCCUGGCCCGGAUCAUUCGCGUCAUCCUGCAGUCGGUGCCCGACAUGGCCAACAUCAUGACCCUCAUCCUCUUCUUCAUGCUGGUGUUCUCCGUGUUUGGGGUCACUCUCUUUGGUGUGUUCGUGCCCAAGCAUUUCCAGAACAUGCAGGUUGCCCUGUAUACCCUCUUCAUCUGCAUCACCCAGGAUGGCUGGGUGGACAUCUACAGUGACUUUCAGAUGGAGACAGGGGAGUACGGAGUGGAGAUUGGGGGCGCCAUCUACUUUGCCAUCUUCAUCACCAUCGGUGCCUUCAUUGGCAUCAACCUGUUGGUCGUCGUGGUGACCACCAAUCUGGAGCAAAUGAUGAAGGCAGAACAGGGGCAACAGCAUCAAAUAGACUUCAGUGAGGUAGACGACAAGGAGGGAAAUGGGAAUAACAAGCUGCCACUGGUGCACUGUGCAGUAGCCCGUUCAGAGAUGCCUGGGGUUCCCCAGGAGCCAUUUAUGGGGGGCCCCCUGACAAACCUCUCGGAAAGGACAUGCGACAACUUUUGCCUGGUGCUCGAGGCGAUACAGGAGAACCUGAUGCAAUACAAGGAGAUCCGCGAUGAGCUCAACACGAUAGUGGACGAGGUCCGCUCCAUCCGCUUCAACCAGGAGCAGGAGGAGGAGCUGCUGCAGAGGUGCUUGUCAUGGAACAUGUCCUUGGAGAGCAAGUCCUCCGUGGACAUCCGUGAGAUGACUCGAGAGCAAGACUUGAUCACCGCACUCGUCAACAGGAAAAAGGUUCAGGAAUCCAACACAAAUGUUAACAAACACAAGACCAGCCGCUGAGAGGGCAGUGCAGGAGCCAAUGGGCAUGAGCGCACACCCAGCUGCUGCAUCUUCCUGCAUCGCUAGCAUGACUUGGCACAUCCUGGCUUGAGCCCAUCCUCUGCCUUACACCUGGGCAGAUGCCUGGGGAUGGAAGGGGGCGGUAUCUCUAGGACUUGGGCCUGUGAGGCCCCAGGUCCAGAGGAGCACGGAUGGAGAAGGAUAGUGGAUAAGAGUGGGAGCCUUACAGCAAGGAUGAGCCCACAAGGGGGUGCUGGCCAGGGCAGCCAGGAUUUGCCCUCAGGAUGGGCAUCCCUGGUCCCCUGCUAGACCAGAACUAGAUGGGGUCUAAGCGGGCCCAAGUACCAAGAGGAGAAAGAUGA